AAAAACGACAUUUGCUACAGUGGGACAGUGACAUCGCAUACCGGAAAGGAUCAACGAAAAUUUGGGUACCCAAUUACCCUCCUUUGCGCCAGUUACUACUCGAAGAAUACCACGACGCCCUAUAUGCCAGACACUUCGGUAGCAACAAGACGCUCACCGGUAUCGCCAAACACUACUACUGGCCCUACAUGGCAGAUGACGUACAGAAAUUCGUCACCUCGUGUGAUACAUGUCAGCGGAUGAAGAGCAGCAAGCAGAAAAAGGCGGGACUACUGCAGCCUCUUCCUGUCCCAGAACAGCCAUGGCAAGUGGUUAGCCUGGACUUCAUCACCGGGUUACCACCUACCACCAGCGGUCAUGACGCAAUCCUUGUCGUCAUCGACAAGUUCUCCAAAAUGGUACACUUCAUCCCGACACACACGACGGCACGCACCGAGGAGACAGCACAACUCUUCGUUCGUCAUAUCAUCUCACAGCAUGGCAUCCCAACCACACUCAUUUCCGACCGAGACCCCAAGUUCACCAGCAAGUUCUGGAAGGAACUUAUGUCUCUCCUCGGGACCAAACUCGCCAUGUCAUCUGCUUACCAUCCGCAGACAGACGGACAGACCGAGCGCCUCAACCAAAUUGUUGAGUAACUCCUCCGAGCAGCCUGCAAGGACGAC